AUGGAUUCUUCACAAGAAUACACAGAUCUAAAGGUUUCCAAUUAAGCUUAAAAUAAUUCAACUUAAGAUGAAGUGGAACAUUUACUGAUUGAAAACAACAUGAACCAAGCAAAUAAGGAACUUUAACAUAAUGUCUAGCAUUAGAAUAAUAUUAAAAUAGAUCAAUCGAAUUAACAUUAGUUAAAAACCGAAUAGCAUUCAGAAAUUAUAAAUAUAAGUAAGGAUAAAGCAGAAAUAACCAAAUAAUUAGAUUACGUUCCUUAAAAUUAGAAUGACAGUGAUUCAAUAAAAUAGAAUUAGAACCAUUAAGAAAGAGUAGAACAUGAUAACCAUAAUUCAUAGUUUGUUGAAUCUAUAUAUGAGAAUGAUUCAUAACCACUCUAAAAAUUGGAAUAGGAAUAAAAAGCAGAUAAUGCAUAUUCUCAAUUUGAAAUUUUGGAUAAAUCUAAUGCUUAGUAAUUAAAUUAGCAAGAACAAAUAUAGAUUCAAUUAUUUGAUAAUAAACUCUAUUCAGCUUUAAACGAAUCCAAGGAAGAUUAAAAUUAAAUAGAACCUUAAUUAAUUUAGCCAACAUUAAAUUUUGAUGCACAAAUUAAUCCUUAAAGGGAAGUUAUUGAAGAGGAAGAAAAACAAGUUGAAGAAGGGGUCAUUAUUGAAGAAACAAAUAAAAGCUUUCCUGCUAGUAAUUCAUUCAAUUCUUAAGUUCAAAGUUCACCUUAAGUAAUAGAAAUAGAUUAGAAAUCAUAACUCAUUCUUUAAUUCUAAAAAUCUCUAGAUGAAGCAAUAUUUCUCAAAAACCAAGGAAACUAAUGCUUUCAGUUGAAAAUCUAUGGGAGAGCUAUUGAAUAAUAUAAUCUAUCUUUAGGAUUAUGCGAUCCAUAUUAUUUAAUGUAAUGUCCUGAAGAAUAACUUUAAUAAUUCAAGAAAUUACGAAUAAACUUGCUAUCUAAUCUAAGUGCUUGCUAUUUGAAUCUUGGAGAUUUUAAUUCUUGUAUCACUCAUGCUAAUAUUGCAAUCCAACUUGAUCCUUCCAAUUAGAAAGUUUGGUAUAGAAGAGCCAUAGCAUUUUAAUAAAAAUAAGAUUAUGAAGAAGCCUGGAGAGAUAUUGAUUAAGCGUGGAAUUUAGUGAAGAACACCACCUAAAAUUAAGAAAUAUUCGAAAAAAGAAAAGAAAUUAGAGAACUGUUAAGAUAAUCAAAUAAAGAAAGAGCCUAACUUUAUUAAACUAUGCUAAGCAAUACCAAUACUUAGAAUCAAACUGAUAAUAAAAGUACUGUAAAUUAAUCUAGAACUACUGAUUCGAAAUUAGCAACCAGUGAAAUGUAAUCAAGAUUCAACACCAAUUAAAAUAAUUAAGUAAGUUUUCGAUUUGCUGACAUUAUUUGGAAAACUACAGCUUCAGCCGUUCUUGCCUCUUCAAUUACUAAAUAUAUUUUGGAAGAACAACUCGACACAAAGGCGGGUUUAAUUGAAACUAUAGUAUUAAGUUCUACUACAGCAUCAUGUUUAUUCGCAGAAAAACAGUGGUAAAAACUUUGUUUUGCAACUGUCACGGCUGGAUUUUUAACCUUUGUUUUAUAUAGGAAAUCAACUAAGUGA